AUGAGCACCACCGCCACCGCCACCUCUUUGCGCUCCUCGUCUCUCAUGGCCGUCCUCCUCCUCGCCUCCUUGUUCGUUACUCUCGGCGCCGCAAAGUCAGCAAAAGAAUCGCCGCCGUCUGCUUGCGCCGACGAGCUCGUCCGGUUCUCGCCGUGCCUGUCUUACGUGGCGUCGCCGCCAAACAACCUCUCCGACUUGCCGGCCUCCAAGUGCUGCGACGCGUUCUCGUCUUCGGGGGAGUCCGGCCGCGCCGUUUGCCUGUGCUACCUGGUCCAGGAUCCUCCGAUGCUCGGCUUUCCGGUGACCGUCGCUCGCGUCCUCUCUCUCUCUUCCUUUUGCCGUCGCCGGAACUCCACUGCUGCUUCUACUUCUCUUCAGUCUCUCUGCUCAGAGUCGCCGGAACUCCCUCCUCUCCGCAACACCACGAUUUCGGUGAUUUCAGGUCCUCCUCCUUCUGUUUCAGGUUAUGAAACUGCUUCAUCUCCUUCGCCAAAACCAACUAACAAGUCAAGCACAAAACCAAGCUUCUCAACUCCACCGAGCUCAGCAGUAGAACCAGCAAGAGUGUCGUCGUCGGCAGCGGCCAUGAAACGAAUUUUCAAGAACAAUACUUCCUGGUUUCUACCUGCCAUAUCGAUUUUCAUACUCAUCUGAUCAUAGAACUUCAACUGGGUUAGGUUUUUCUCUCUUGGUGGUAGAUUGAGAUGGUAA